CCUAGAUUAAUUAGUUGGUUUGGUUUAUAAAAUGUAAAAUUCGACACAAAUGGUUUGAUUUAAUAUUUGAAAAAUCUGAACCAACCCGGUGAUGUACAUCCUUGCAUUUUGCAUAUUGCAUAUUGCGUAUUGCAUAUCGCAUAGCGCGUAUUGUAUAUAGCCUAUGGCAUAUCGUAUAUCGCAUAUCGCAUAUCAUAUAUCGAGAGAUAUAUUGAAAGAGACCAAGAAUUCUCACCAUAUCUUAGAUUCAUGGACCAGUUCAGUAUAGUGGGAUCCUUCAUUCUCAUUUGUUUCCACCGAGAAUUGUUUAUAAAACUCUUUGACCCCCAACUUUGGAGUAUCCUACUUUCACGUAAUUCAAAGGGUUCAACAAGCAAUCAAUUUUUCACGAUCAAGGGUGUGCUACUCUUUGUAGUAGCGGUCCUUAUAUAUCGUAUUAACAAUCAAAAUAUGGUCGAAAGAGAAAAUCUCUAUUUGAUAGGGCUUCUUCCUAUACUUGUGAAUUCCAUUGGACUUAUAAAUGAUACAUUGGAAGAAUCCGUGGGGUUUUCCAAUAUCAAUAGGUUGAUUGUUUUGCUCCUGUAUCUUCCUAAAGAAAAAAAAAGACCUCUGAGUGUUGUUUCCUGAAUCCGAAAGGGAGAACUUGAGUUCUCCCAAUAACUAAAAAGUGUAACAUGCCUGAAUAAAAUCGGGGUUCGCGUUGGUGGAGGAACUGGAUCGGUAAAAAGAGGGAUUCUAGUUGUAAGAAUCUAAUGGAUCUUCUUUUGGUCUCGUCUAUGUGCAUAACUAAACAACCUAAUACCUUAAUCUGUUCUCUCUUUUGAUGUAAAAAUAGGGCAAACUGAUCUGAUCCAUAAUCUCUAUUUUCAAGCAAAUUACAAACAUCAAAUCUAAAUUGUGAGUAUCAAACUAAUUAUCCAUUUUAAUCAAUCUCUUUGAAGCAUUUAUCGGAGAUAAGAAGUAAGAAUCAAGUUUGCAACCAUAAUCAUAUGUUAACCCCAUGCUAAUUAGCCCAAAUCAGUGUAUGAACAACAACAAGACAAAGCAUAACACAAUACGCACUAUAUUAAAUCAAUCCCCAACCCAUAAUUUCACCCUAGACUUUGAGGUUUUAUUCACCCAUCACAAAAUUCAAAUAAAUUAUAACUUUCAUGAAGGAAACCAUGGUUAAUAUGAUAAACAAUUACAAGCAAUACCCUCAAUGAGUUCAACUUCUAUUUGUCAAUUUCAAGAGCAAAAUUGAGAAACCCCAAAACUAGAAAAGUGUUCUUCACAAAAGUAAAAGUGUUUUUCUCCCUAAAAGAUUCAGAAUGUUUUCACACUCAAAAGCUCCGUUAUUUCUCUCUUUUUUGGGCUAGUAAUAGUUUCCAAAAAUUUGGUCAAAACUCUUUGCGUGACCCAUUUGCGACAUUACUCGGGCUAGCCGAACACAUUUGACGGAUCACCGAUUACUCUUUAGCUUGCCUUUUUCUUGCUUUAGGCUUCAAGUGUUUGAACCUCAGUUGACAAGCUUGUUUAAGUUUGCCUUUCAUGUUUGGCAGAUUAUCGAGUACCACCUAUGUUUGCCUUUUGACGCUUAAAUUUUCUCUCCAAGCACUAUUACCUUUGGCGAUGGUCAUGUCACUUGGGAGAUAUCCACUAUGCAUUAUGUGAUCAACAAUGUGGAGUUUACGCUUUUUUUCAUGCUUUUGGCCAUUUUUUCUAACAUGUAUCCUUGCCUUGUCCCUUAGCCUUUGUAGCUGCAAAUCAUCAAAAUAUCAUUAGAGUAGGAAACAAUUAGGCGUUGAAGACACUAAUUGUUGAACUACCUUAGCCUCAAAUGAGUGUAAAUCUACCACUUAUCAACUCCCCCAACUUAAACAAUUGCUUGUUUUCAAGUAAAUCAAGAACACAAUUAGUUCAAGAAGAAUGUCUACAACAGUUCUCAAUGAGAGCUAACAUGCAAGUGCCUUUACAAGACUACUCUCAAUAACAUAUUACACUACAUCAUGAUCAAAAAAGUUCAAAUGAUUACUAGCCUGUAUUAAAUCAAGCUCGAGCUCACUAUAACUUCUUUUUAAAUGCGAGAGCAUGCUUCAACAAAUGCAUUCCAGUGCCCUCACAUAAAAAAUGAUUUCAUACUCUCACAAAGAAAAUAAAUAAAGAAGUAGGAAUCAACACAACUCUCACUCUCUCAAAAGAAAAAUACUGUAAUAUCCCAUAUUUUAAACAAGGAAAAAUACUUUAAUAUCCCAUAUUUUAAACAAGGACAUGUUAGCCAUUAGCCAAAUAUAUAAAAAAUUCCAAUGGGCUUUAGCCCAUCAGAAACCUAUUUAGGGAAAAAUUAAAUUAUCUAAAGUGAUUAUUGGAGUUACAGAGUUUCAUCAGCAACUCUCUUUUUUUUUUUGACAAAAGGUAACAAAUUUCGUCAGCAACUCUUGGAAAGGAAGAAAGAGUACAUUCUUUGUGUCUCUUCUUGUGAAGGAGCAUGAAGAUGUUUAAAACAAAGAAAAAUAAUUACAUGGAGAAGAAGUGGAACUCUUGUUAUUGCAUAUCACUCGAGAGACGAGCUUGGCAUUUCAGCACGAGUAGUGAUGUUGAAGAAAUUUUGGAGCUUCUUAAGUCCAUAUGGCGUAUUUUGGGAAUCGCAGAAACCAUCCACUGCACGUGCUAUGCUUGGUUAUUAUUUCGACAGUUUGUCAUCACGGGAGAGCAAAUGAUGAUGCAAUAUGUCAUUGAACAGUUAAAAAAAUACCAUUAAACCGCAAGAGAGAAUGCACUUGAAGAGUUUGCAUUGUUGAGUUGAAAGGGAAAAGGGAUCCCAAGAGUUGACUCUCUUUUAGUCUUUCUUGUUGCCAAUUUCAAAAUGGCCUGAUAAGUAGUUGGGAGACUACCAUCUCAAUUAUGAUGAGGUUUGUGCACAAUUAUAUUUUACUUUGAUUAGGCGAUUGCAAAUCUUGUGCGCAUGACAAGUCAUUUGGUUUAACUUACAUUUACACGUCUUUUCCGGCCUCAAAAUUUUUGUUUGUGGUAGAUCAACUCAAGCUUGUACUAUAAACUCUGUUUAGCAAUUUAAAACUAAGAAACUAACUUCUAUAUUUACUGUUUA